AUGGCCAAAGCUAAUAAUCUCAGCGAUAUAUUAGAGAGUAUAACGGACUAUGAUCUUAACAAACGAAACUAUGCGGCUAUACUAAAACAUUUGGACUCGAAUGAGAAAAUUGAUACGUCGGACUUAAAGAAACUCAUUGCUCUCUGCAUUCAACAGCUGAAGAAGAAAAAUACGUUUGGGAUUUCAGCUUUAAAAAUAAUAUCCUCCGUUCUCAAAAAGCAGGAGAAUGAAAAAUGGCCUCACUCUCCAGAUUUACUGGUAUUGUUAUUAGGUAUUCUAAACACACUACAAUUUAAUGCCCGGUUUUCUAAAAUAGAGUCACUGAAAGCAUUAUGUUUAGAAGUUGUCCUCCAAUUCUCUGAUUCAUUGUUAGGAGAUGCUGCUGUGCAUCAUCCUGAUAAGUUUUAUAAUCUGGUUGAGCAAUACUGCCAAGAGACUGUAACAGAAUUGGUGUUUCAGACUACUCUAAUUACUUUGAAGUUGUUGCGGACACUCCCUGCCUGUAGUCGCCAUAUAUUCGUUGAAAAUGGUUUAAACACAUGGUUCUCUGCCUUACUACCAAGUAUUUUAAAACUUUCAUUUACACCAGUCCCUGGACUAGAUAGUGCAUUAGAAUGUGUAGAAGUAAUAACUGAUGAACUUUUGUCUAUUAAUUACUUUGACAAUGCACAUUGGAAUUUUUUUUUUCAAUAUUUAUCUGUCGAGUUUUUAACAAAUUUAUCACAGAUAUCAAUAGAACAAAAUGAACAUUGGCACAGAAUUUGGAAGAUCUGUGUAAAGUUAAUGAAAAAUCUUUUAACACAGCCCACAGCAACAGAAAGAGCCCCCAUAAAAAGUCUUCUAUCUGUUGUGGAGACUGCGUUUAAAAUGGGUAGCCAAAUCAGGUGCGGAGCAUUUGAAUGUUGGAAUCUUUUAAUUCAAAAUAUUUUCACAGAAAAUAGUGCUUCCUUUGAUAAAAAAGUAAAGCUACUGCUAAUUCCGCUUUUGUCAAAUAAUGCUAAAAAUGAGAUGACAGCUAAAGCCAAAUUCUUUACUUGGUGGCAUUUUAUUUUAAACUUCCAUGAAAAGAAGACGAAUGAUGACGUUCCAGAGAUGAUGGAGUCGACGUUACUUCAUUUUAUAAAUUUUUGUUUUGGUCACCCACUAAGUAAAACGCAGGUUGUACCAGGACAGAUUUCGGACGCUACAAAACUGUUGUGCUUACAAGGCCUUGUCAAUCUCCUCGGGCAUUAUAACUGUUCAGGCUGCACAAACAUCAACAGAACCAGAAACAAAUUAAUAUCUACUCAACAAUUACUGCAGUAUGAGAAACAUUGGUUUCACUCUUUGUCUACAGUUAUAAAAAACUAUACAGAUAUUAGUGCUCAGGAAAGUAGCAUAGAAGUGGAGAAAGGAACAUUUAGGAAACAGUUGAAAUGUGCUUGGAUUUCCUUCAUUGUGGCCAUUGCUGAUGUAUCUGAAAGCAAACUGAGGAUUAGUCUCUUUAAGAAACUAUUGAUUAUGAUACAUGAAUUAUUGAAGGAGUGCAGUUUUGAAAUGUCAGAUGUUGCUGUUAAUGUUCUUAUUCCAUCUGUUUUUGAGGCUAAAAAUAUUAUUGAUUUGCUUGUCAAAGGCCAAGAUGAAAUCCUUUCUGUGAUUCACGAUAUUCUAGUAGACUCAUCUAAUAAUUUGUUUUACUCCAAGUGCAAUAUAGAUAACACAGUUCAGAGUACAAUUCUAUUUACCAAUUAUAUUGUGGAAAAUGACACAAGAGGAACAUCCAAAAGUUUCGGCCCAAAUUAUUUUCUAGCAAACUUGCCAGAUACCGAAUGCGGGUUAAUACUUUGGACUUCCUAUAUCCAAUCCUUAAUGAAGAAUGAAUUAAUACCUAACCCACAAUUAGUUGCCGAUAGCAUUAUAUGGCCUAUAAAACUAAAUAUAUCUACUAAUGCGGAGAAAUAUGCUUCAAUGUGGCUUAUUUACUACAACCAUUUAAGUAUUACAAUGAAGAAGAAUAAAAAGACGCAAGACUUGCUCUACGACAAGUUGUUACUAUUUUUUUCUGAACAUAAAAGUGUCAAUACAGUGUUAAGCUUAACUGCAAUUAUAGCUUUAAUUAAGCAGAGCUCCAACGAUAAAGGAAAAAUACUUUCAAAGAAAGUAUAUCAAUUAUUGACUAUUCUAAAAAAGCAAAUUCGAGAAGUCCUGCUCUUGCCUUUAGUCUAUUUCGAGCUUCUAAAUUGCUUGGUCGCCGCCUUGAACAUUUUCCAAGCGCCUAAAAUGUACACGGCCUGCGCUAAGCUUUUAUUGACUAUAAUUAACAACGUAUUAAAAAUCACGACGAGGAAGACAAAUCUCACGGAAGAUAAUGAAACGAAUAAAAAAAUGUUGCAUCACGUCGAAAAGCUUCUUGAAAGCGUUGAAAUUUUUUUCAAGAUAAAAUCUUUCGUUAUACUGAUGCCAUUAAUAGUGUCCGGUUUGAAGGAAGUUGCCACACAAUUUGCUGAAAUAGUUUCCAUUCGAAAGUGUGUUCUAUGUAUUUUAAAUAGAUAUAAAGGCGAAGAUAAACAAAUAAAAGAGCUUAUUCGAGAUAUUUUUACUAAAGAAACUGCUAACACAUUGAAUACUGUACCUAUGGCGGCCAAAGAUAAGAAAAAUAGUCUGAAUAUAGUAGACACUGUGGUAGAAGAUGGAAUGGAGUAUGUAGUGGUAAAGAGUAAUUGGAAAUUUAAUCCGAAAAAAUUAACAGAAACUCAGAAAGAAAAGUUGCUAAGGAAGCGAGACGACAUUCCGGCGCUCUAUCAAGACAUGUCUCAAUCUCAGGACCAAUUUUUGUUAAGCGCUUGGAAAACUGACUCCACCGACGCAACCUCGUCUUCUAAAUCGUCCACCGUCGACGAACCUCGCCCCGAUGCCACGACACGCGUUGAUGAUGAUGUUUUACCGAAUAUAAAGAACGAUUUAAGUGACAAUGACAGUGAAAACAAUAACCUCGGAGCGAAACCAUCGGCCGAAGUGAAGUCACCGCGAAUGUGCCUCGCGAAUCGGGUUUUCAGAAACGUUCGAAAUCUAAUAGAGAACUCGGAUUUAUCGACAGCUUCUCCACGAAAGUCGGCGUCGCCUCCGCCACCGGAUACGAUCCGAUCCAAAGAUGUGAAGUCUGCCCCGCCGGUGAAACCCGCUCGACCCCUACGAACGAUUAAGACGCCGAGGAAGUUUGACGAUUCCGCCAUGUUCGGUGUUAGGCGUCGACGACAUUCCAGUUACAUUGAACGUUCGCACGCUGCGGACCAUUUCGAAGUCGCUCACGAGUUCCCACAGUCGAAUGACACACCAAAAAGGGCCAAACUAGCACCAUUGUCCGCAGCGAGAGCGGAGACGCCGAAUUUGAGCAGUGCCGGGAUGGUGGACAAGAGUAGCGCGAAGAAAUCUCGUAUCGAGAAAUCGCUCCGAAUCGAUAUGGUCGAGGGUCACCCGUUUUUGAAUGCACAGGACACCGAAAACAUUGGAAACAAGAGAAACACUCGAAGGAAGUCAGCCGCAACUCUAUCUACGACCGCCCCUCCCCAUUCUACCGAUACUAAUACCCCUGAAAAUGUCACUUCAAAAACAAAACCACAAUCACAAAAUAUUUCGUUAUAUGAUGACAAAGUCGAAAACUCUAAGAAAAUGUCAAAAUCAGUCGACUCCAACGGUAAUGAAACCUGUGUUUCCACCGGGGAACUCAAACCGGAGUCUACGGUCUCCCAGGAUAUUAUCGAAAGCUCGCAAGAUUCUUCCCUCACGACAAUUUCGACUGCUUCUAAAAUGACGAAAGUACUGAUCGUGCCGAUCGAACGAAUCGAAACCGCGAAAAUGCUUAAAAAGAAUAUUAAUGAUACGAGUAAAGGUGAUUCGGAACUUCCAAAAAACACUACGGUCGAUGACGACACGAUCAUUGAAGAAAUGGCUACGGAACUCAUGGAUUCACAAGCUCAUUUCAUUAAUAUAUCGGAUACUCAGCAGACCACGCGCAUGGAAUCGAGCGAUAAACAAACUGACUCUGAAAUUGUGGCCGCCGCUGCCACCGAACCUUUAGAUUUUAAUUUGUGUAUAGAUGUCUUUAAAGAAGAAAUGAACGACUCCAGCAUGACUCGGGCCGAUUCGCCGGCGCGUGAAGAACCACAAAUGAACGAAGGAGUGGCGAAUUCUGUUCAAACGGUGACAGGGGAAGAACACGCCUCGUCACCGUUGAAGGGCGAUGAACAAAGGAAAAAGGACUUUCUCAACAGCACUCUAGAGAUAUCGCCGAUCAAAAUAGUGAGUCCGGUGAGAGGCGAGACCCCGUCGCCGGAAACGAGCAGCGAUUACGUCGUAGUGAACGUGUCGGUACCCGUUCCGGCCGACUGUGAGCAUAAGUGCAAUUCUCCCGAAAUAUUCACAGACGAUAAAGUAACUUCGGAUGAGAAGGAUUUAUCCCCUACCAGACAGGACAAGGAAGGCAUCGACAGGAGUCCCGCGUCGUGCUCGGCUUCGAAGAAAAGUCGUCCCCAGUUGCGGUUCGGCCGAGGCGCUCAGAUGCUCGAUCUCUGCGUCGUGAGUAGACCCGUGCCGUAUUCGGCGGAGAGCGUGGAGGGCUUUUUGAAGAAGCCGACCGUCCUCAAUGCGACGGUUAAACGAAAUUUAAAAAAUGUUUACAAUACAGAGAGCUACGACAGCUCGGACACCGAUACUGACAACGAACAAUUCCUCAAGUUGAAGCGUAAUCUGCCUUCCACCAAGAGCAGUCCCGCCGGACCUAUUCUGAAGAGGAAGCACGCCGAGAUGACCGACGACGCCACUCCAUCGCCGGCCAACAAAAAAAAACGCGUCAGCUUCCACGAUCCUCCAGUAUCCACCAUGAUGUGCGUCAAAAAGUAUAUCGAGCCAUUACUCCCCAAGUCCCCACAAAAUUCAACGGUCAAACAACAAGAGACAUCUCAGAACCGUUCUCCCAAUAAAACCCCCAAGUCUAUGAAGAGGCUCGAGAGAGUUCUGUCGAAUACUAUCGACAGUUUCGACCACGAAAAUGCCACCGACGACACACUGACGAGUUCCGUGGACCGAACCCCGGCCGUGGACGUGGUUAAGACGAGCGAUUUGAACGACGUCGAUCCCGUAUGUCCCGAAUUGGUCGACUGCGAAGACCCCAUCGACGUCAUCGCCGCCGAGCUCUCGUCGCCCGCUAUGAGGUCUUUACUCGUCAAAGAAUUCGAUGGGAAAAUACGAACCGUGGGCGAUCUCGCUCGGAUGACGGAGCUAGAGAUCAACAGGUCGUGCAUAAAGGCGCCGAAGGUGGAAGUCGCGAAAAAAGUAUUAGAGGCUCACUCGAAAAGUGCACAGAGAGUGAUCAAUUCAACGGACGCAGCUCUACCGCGCCAACCGGACGCCGCCACGCUCCACGAAAAGGAGACUAGUGUCGAAGGACAAGUGGACGCCUCGGAAACUUCUAGGGAUGUUACAGAACCUAUUGAAGUGCAGAGUCGCCGUAUCGGUUCACAGAGGGAAAUCGACGAAAACGAUGAAAAGACCGUUGAUGCUAUCAUGGAAAAGCUAAUUUUAAGGAAUCCGACUAGAGCAAUGGACAAGAUCAAGGCAUUGUUGGCCCUCAUAAGCGCUACUCACUUGCAAGCGAAAACAAACAAUUAA